AUGCAACAUAACGUGAUUGAAGCUAUUCGAAAAGUUUAUAUGGUUAAUCAAAAACUUGAUAAAUCAAAAACAAGAAUUCAAAUUAAUGAUAAUUGUGAAAUUGAAACAAUUGCUGGUUGGAUGUUAGAAACUGAUGGAACUUCAUUUAAAAUAUAUUUAGCUACUAAAGAUAUUGAUUUGAGAAGAACUUAUACAAAUGAUGUGGUAGAAAUAUUUGAUGUAUUUAGUAUUGACGCUGUACGAAAAGCAAUCGAAUAUAAAAUGAAUCAUAUUAUUUCAUUUGAUGGCUCCAUGAAGAGAAGUUUUGGAAAAUAUUUUAUUAGGACAAUUAACUAA